UGGCGAGCUUCGAUUCGUUGUUCGCGGUGAACUUCGCGCAGCUGCUAUUUUUGGAAGAAAGACCGCGGUGACAGUCAACCAUUCGAGUCACGGUUUCAAUACCAAGUGGCUUGUGAAAAUAGGAUGUUGGCGUGUCAGUUUGAAGUUUGCCGGAUGAAUAAAAAUUUAUUGAUGUCAGACGCAAGCCGCAACAACACCACCACCACCCCCCCACUAUCAACAGCAACGACAGCAGACGGUGUAGCUCAAAUUUACUGAUAAGGCUUAUAACACAAGUAAUCAAUCAUCCAUGUUUUAAAGAAAAAAAAUUUACAUAGGUAGACACGUUUAUAUUUUUCUGCAAAUAACAAUCGUAUAUUUCUCGAACCGUAAAUCGACCUUCAAGAAUAUCUCAUCUUGAGUCAAUAUAUUGUUCAAACGAAAUUUACAUACACUUACAAACUUUGGAAAUACCACUUUUUAUAAAGAAAUUCUUAAUAACAUAGUGACACGCUGUACCUUAUUGUGUGUUAUCACACGCGAGUCAGCAUUUACGUAAGACAAUGUGAUAGGAAAUCGUUAAUUUGGAAGUAUCAGGACGUUAAAACAAAAAAGCGAAUUAAUUUCAAAAUGAGGUUAUACAUUUGUAUUUUCUAAAGUAUAAAAAACAAAUGUACGUGUUAGGAUAGUAAUUCGUAAUUAUCCGUAAGAUGUGAACAAAAAUCUCUCAGAGUUAAUUUUUCUUCGAAAGAAGGCAAAUCGAUACUUACAUCUGGGCGUAGAUACGUUAUCGCUCGUCUUCACGUUAAAAGAAAGCUGUGAUUACAUGGGAGACGUCUGAGAUUGGACUGAAAUAUUAUUAUACGGUUCAACGAUGUCUUUCUUAAAAAAUGUUAUUUAUUGGUUGCUCGAGGUGGCUGCAUUUUUUGCGACAUGUUACCUAUUUCUCUUGUGUCUCUAUCCGCUGAUGAUUCUGAUGGUUGUGAAAUUGUUGAUUACAAAGAGGCAUGAGCCAGAGAAGAAGGACAAAAACGAGGUGACAUUAGGAAUUUUUCAUCCCUACUGCAAUGCCGGUGCUGGAGGUGAGAGGGUUCUCUGGGCUGUUGUCAAAGCACUCCAGACUAACUAUGAUAAUGUACACAUUUUUAUUUAUACUGGGGAUGUGGAGCACGACAGGGAGAAAAUUAUUAGUAAUGUUGAAAAAGUUUUUGACUUCAAGCUGAAAAAGGACAAUAUUAGCAUUGUUUAUUUGCAUAGGAGAAAAUGGGUGGAGGCAAAGAUGUAUCCGGUUUGCACUUUGCUUGGACAGGCCAUAGGAUCGAUCUGGCUUGGCAUGGAGGCUCUAGCACUUUUCAAGCCUGAUGUUUACAUUGAUACCAUGGGCUAUGCAUUUACCUAUCCGCUGUUUAAGUACGUCGGAGGCUGCAAAGUUGCAUCCUAUACUCAUUAUCCCAUGAUUUCCACGGACAUGCUAAGCCUGGUGUCUCAAAGGUCAACUACUUACAACAACAGACAUCUUAUUGCGAGAAAUUCAAUUCUUACCCACUUGAAGCUUGGAUAUUACAGAGGAAUUGCUUUUUUGUAUGGACUAGCUGGCAAGACUGCUGAUAUUGUUAUGGUUAAUUCUUCGUGGACCAAGGAUCAUAUUAACUCCAUUUGGAAGUGCCCUCAAAGGACUCACCUUUUGUACCCACCCUGCGAUGUAGAAAAGCUUGUACAGUUACCUCUUAUAAGCGAUGAAACAAAGAGUAAGGAAAUUCGACUUGUUUCUGUUAGUCAAUUUAGACCAGAGAAAAAUCAUGCUCUUAUGAUAGAGGUGAUGAAUAAAAUAAAAUCUUCAAUCAAUGAAGAAACUUGGCCAAAAGUGCAUUUGAUACUGGUAGGUUCUUGUCGCAAUGAAGAUGAUGAAUCAUAUGUACGAAAGUUAAAAGAUUUAGUUACAUUAUUAAAUAUAAAAGACAACGUCCAAUUUAAAAUGAACAUUCCGUAUGAUCAGCUAAUUUCCGAAAUGCAGCAAGGCACCAUUGGUAUUCACGCCAUGUGGAAUGAACACUUUGGAAUAAGUGUUGUCGAUGCUUUGGCUGCUGGACUCAUUAUGGUAGCCCAUGCCUCUGGAGGACCAAAAGCUGAUAUCAUUGAUACAAGAGAUAAAACAAGAAACGGUUACUUAGCCAAAGAAGUGGAUAAGUAUGCUAAAACAAUAGUUUCCAUUAUAAACAUGAGUACUGAAGAGAAAAAUAGAAUCAGGAGUGCUGCUAGAAAAUCUGUUGAAAGAUUCUCAACCAAAGGCUUUGAGCAGGAGUUUACAAAAAUUGUAGAAUCACUUUUCAAGUUGAAGCAAAGAUAG